AGUGGUUCGCCAUGUCACCAUGUAAGAGUGGUGCUGUUUGAUGUCACUCCUACAACUUUUCAUUUACAGUACACAUUGAAAGUCACAAGAAACACCUGUCACUCUUUGAGGGUGGAAGCUGCCAUGAUUUACAAAGACAAGAAGUAAUUUUCUUGUAAUCACAAGAUGACUCAGGAUGGAUCCUGAAGCCGCCAGGCUGGAGAAGAAGCACGUGCAUGAUGUAUACAAAAGCACCGCUCAGUACUUCAGUGACCUGCAGAGCAAAGCCUGGCCUCGUGUCCGCCAGUUCCUCCAAGAUCAGAAGCCAGGCAGCCUCAUUGCUGACAUAGGUUGUGGAACUGGAAAGUAUCUUAAAGUGAACAACCAGGUACAUACCCUGGGCUGUGACUACUGUGGGCCAUUGGUAGAGAUUGCACGGAAUAGAGGAUGUGAAGUCAUGGUAUGUGACAACCUUAAUCUCCCCUUUAGGGACCAGGGCUUCGAUGCUAUCAUCUCCAUAGGAGUCAUACAUCAUUUUUCCACAAAACAAAGAAGAAUCAGAGCGAUAAAAGAAAUGGCCAGGGUCUUAGCUCCUGGAGGCCAGCUGAUGAUUUAUGUUUGGGCAAUGGAACAAAAGAACCGACACUUUGAGAAGCAAGACGUGCUCGUUCCAUGGAACAGGGCCUUCUGUUCCAGGCUCUUCUCAGAAUCCAGCCAGUCUGGGAGAAAGCAACUGUGUGGACAUCCAGAAACAAGCCAUCCCUACCAACCUCCUUGUUCUGGGUAUAGUUGUUCUGUUUGUUUCAAGGAGCACUGUGAUUCAAAGCGGUCCCACAGUAUGGACUACGGGUCUGUCACAGCCAGAACCUGCUGUGGAAAUAUGUCAAAGGAAGGGGAGGAAGAAAAUGGAUUCUAUAACACAUUAGGAAAAUCUUUUCGUUCCUGGUUUUUUUCCAGAUCUUUGGAUGAGUCAACUCUAAGGAAGCAGACUGAAAGAGUGAGACCCUUGAGAGACCCAGAAGGUUGGGCUGGUAGCACUGUGUCCAUCCAGCCUUCCAAACACUCUAGUUUAGACUUUGAUCCCCAAGAGGCGUUUCCAGCGAAAGAGUCAAACUUGGACGAGGAAGUGUUUGUGGAAACUUCUCAAAAACACUUGGAGUGGCUGAGAGCACCAGGCACUUUGAAGCACUUAAAUAAGGACCGUCAAGGAGAAAGCAGGAGAAAUGGAGGGGGUAACCUGCUAGACAACACUUACACCUACGAGAAUUGUGUGGGUGUCAGGAACUUAGAAGAAAGUCACCCUUCUGCCACUACAACAUCGAGAAGGAUUUCUGCAGUCAGUUCCACAGAUUCCAACCCAGAUGACACAAUUUCUGUUGAGGAACAACAGCCCAACAUUUUGGAUUCCAGCGCCUUCAUGCGCUAUUACCACGUGUUCCGCGAAGACGAGCUGUGUGACCUGCUGCAGGAGAAUGUGUCAGAGCUCCGUAUUCUGAGCUCCGGCAACGAUCAUGGCAACUGGUGUAUUACUGCAGAGAAAAAGGGAAGUUGUGACUAA